AUGCAGCGUUGGGUGGAAUCGCCGCCGGAGCAUGAACCUGCUGCUGUUGGCGAUAUUGCGCGUGCGAUGGCUUCUACUUCACAUGAAGAUGCUGGAGACUUCGCGUAUCAUCAACCAUGGGAAUCGCCUUACGCCAUGUCCUCGGCAAGCAGUGCGAGAACCUCUCAAUCGAGUGAAUUCUCGGGUCAUUGCUCAUCAGGCUCGCAAACGUCCCUCAAAGUACGCCGCGUACCGCGGAAGAAGCGGACCACUCGACGCCGGCGCCUUGACACGGAGAGAACCGCACCCAUCGGCAUGCCGUAUCAAUGCACAUUCUGCACUGAGGUCUUCAAGACCAAGUAUGAUUGGCAGCGUCACGAGAAGUCGCUUCAUCUACCGCUAGAGAGAUGGAUCUGCGCACUUCAAGGCUCUCGCACUACCAAGGAGUCGAUCGGAGAUCAAUGCUGUGUCUUCUGCGGUGAGGUACAGCCGGAUGACAAGCAUAUCGAAGCGCACCACUACUCUGCAUGCCAGGAAAGAAGCUUACAAGAACGUACCUUCCACCGGAAAGAUCACCUUGUCCAGCAUCUGCGCUUGGUGCACGGCGUCGAAUUCGCCGAGUGGUCGAUGGCACGCUGGAUGCUUCCCAUACCCGAUGUCAGAUCAAGAUGCGGAUUUUGCGGUACUACCAUGAAUACAUGGCUGGAGAGAACUGAUCAUCUUGCCGACCACUUCAAGUCUGGUGUUACGAUGGCGAGUUGGCAAGGUGACUGGGGUUUUGAUGCGUCCGUUAUACCGUUGGUCGAGACUGCUAUCCCUCCAGAUCUCAUCGAUUGGGAACGCGGCACUCUCAUUCCCAUGAAAGGCAGCGACCCAUCUUGGGGUACUCCGCCAAAUGCGUACGAACUGCUCAAAGUCGAAAUCGAGUUCUUCAUCCAGCGAUAUUUCGACAAACAUGGGUACUUGCCAGACAAUGAUGCGAUGCAACUAGAAGCCUGUCGCAUCAUCUUCGCAGCCGAGACCACUUCCGUCAUGCACGGACCAGACACAAACCAUCUCCACGAGGUUUCAUGGCUACGAGACCUGAUGAUGUCAUCACAUGAGCUGACUGAACACGCAAGAUUUCAGCCCGUUCGAUCAUCUCGCGAGAGUAGACAUUUCCCGCUACGGAUUAAUGCCAAGGAUCAUCUCUUCGAACAAUGCCCGCUUGAGGCGCAGCUUCGUGGCUUCGUCACCCAACGCAUAGCGACUGGCGAAGCGCUUGACGAUGCGCAACUGCAUCACGAGGCAUGUCAGAUUGUUCGGCGCAUGGAGCAGGAGUCCAGUACUCCAUCGGAUGUUUUCGCGAAUUGGAUCGUCAAAGGAAUCUACUCGGGCACAAAUUGGAUUUCGCUCUUCAAGCAACGCGCAGGCAUCUCUGAUGUUUUAUCCACCGAUAUCCCGGCGGAUCAUGGCUUGGGUGAGUUACUAGACCUCUCGUGGCCAGCCUCGCCUACCAAGGAAGCGUCAACUUCCGCGCUCGGGACCGCGAGUCCAUCCAAGCAAACCCAUGACUACUUCACUACGCUGCCGACUUUCUCAGAAGAGCCGAUAAUCUCGCCUGAGUCCACCGCGCAGACGGACAUGUACGGUCGGUUGCGAUCGCUGCUACCCGACGACACCAACUUCUACCGGAUCUUUGACAGCGACAUGCGGAGAUGGGCAGCAUCAACGCUUUCACCGAAGAACCCGAAUUGCCAUGUCCCUUCCGAUGAAGAGAUACAGCAUCAGGCGCGAUGGAUCAUGUAUGAUGGUGACGACCCAUGGAACCAGACACCUGCGGAUUUCCCGAACUGGUUGUCGCGAUUCAAGAGGGAGGUUGGGAUUGUGGCAAAUGACGAGGGAUCAUGUGUUGCAGUGUCAUCAGCAACCCAAAAAGAAACUGCUUCAUCAGGCCAACCUACGAACUCCCACGAUGAGCCGCCCGGCCCGUUCCGGCUAUUCGCACUGCCGGGAGAGCUCCGCAACAUUGUCUACGCUCACGUUCUCGAAACGGACGAGGCUAUCCUCAUGGCACUAUAUCUCAAGGAUGGAGCUUUACAUCAGCGUCUGAUCCUCGACGAUCCGAUCCGAAAACUACGAAUGGACCUAAACCAAAUGAAACUCGUCUGCAAACAACUCCACGAAGAAACAUCAGCUCUACCACCAACCCGAUGUCCAGAACUAAUCUUCCCCCUCCGCAAAGACACCCCCGAAUCCGCUUCUAGCAUAUGUGCAGAUUACAUUGCUAGUGCUAGACCCGAGAACCUCAAAGGCAUCCACCGCAUCCACGUCCACGAACGCAUCGCAUACAGACAGUGUCCUUUCUCGCCGCACCUCUUCGACCCUUGCUUGGGCCAGCUCGUAACAUUCGCCACCGACUACCUUUCCACCUCGAUCCAGACAUUCCUCCAUGCCGUAGACCCAAAAAUAUCCAACGACACGUCUAAGUUCCCCAUCGCAGGCUUCUCCUACGAGAUAGCUCGGAAACGGGUCGACGACGGAUACUACAGCGCUUGGUACAAUAUCGAUAGGGCUCUGGACGAGAUGGCGGAGACAUGGUCUGACCAUGCGAUUGAGCCGCAGCCGUUCCCGCAGAACUUCAACAACUGUCUGCACUAA